GAAGCCCCUUCGUCUUAAUACAACCUGCCCGGUGUAGUGAACUCUACACCGUGUUAUGGCCGCACCAAGGGUUACCCAAAGGAUCUCAUGAGGGGUUAUAUCUACCCGCAUUUAGCAGCUUGACGGAUUUUCUCCCUGUAUCAGCACUCAACACUCCCAUCUCAGGUUUAGCAGUCCCCCCAUCCUGAAUUGAAAUACCAAGGGCCGAUGGACCCCUCAGGGAAUCUCGGUGCAAGAGAAACAAAAGGCUGUGCGUCCCUUGCUCAUCACGUAUCCCAGGACAAUCAUGACGCCCAUACCGUCCCUCCUCUCUUUGAGCAUAAGUCUGCCGCCGCUACAGUUGAGCCUGUGAUCAAUGACCCAAAGUACGAGGCAAUCGAGGGCGCAGAGGGUAGUGUCAAUAAAGAGGUGCCACUUGGAAAACGAUAUGUUAAUGGAGAACCCGUUAUUGAAAGCGGAGAGGAUGUAUCCAACUUUGUCAUCGAUGACCGUGACGAUGGAGACCCAGCGGUAACCUUCAGAUCGUUCGUGCUUGGGACCGUCAUUGCCGGAUUAGGUGCGGCGUUGGCUCAGAUCUACGUCUUUAAGCCAACAGAUAUUAUGGUCUCCGGAAUCUUCCUGAUGCUCAUCAUCUAUACUUUCGGCAAUCUAUGGGCGAAUCUCGUUCCUCAGGCUCAUCUCUUCGAAAAGCGAGGCUGGAGCCGUGCGGCGAGAGUUUUCACAUUUAUAAACCCUGGCCCUUUUGGCCUUAAGGAGCAUGUCACCGCUAUGAUAAUCUCCUCGAGUGCUUCCGGAACCUCGACCGCAGUGCAAAACUUCGCUGUUCAGAAACUCUUCUACAAUGCUAACGUGAACGCAACGACAGCCGUACUUGCCACGUUCAGUACUGGCAUGUUUGGAUACGGACUUGUUGGUUUGUUAAGACCUCUAACAGUAAACCCUGCCGAGAUGGUGUACUGGGGUCAACUCCCCACCGUUACAGUAUUCCAAUCUCUCCACUGGGACAAGAAGUCGGCGAGGAAGCGCCUUAAGCUUUUCUGGACUGCAUUUACGGGAAUAGCCCUUUGGGAAGUCUUCCCUGCGUACAUAUUCCCGACGCUUAACGGUGUAUCACUCUUCUGCAUCGCCUCGGCGAGAGCACCGACCAAUAUCCGAACCGUCUUCACGCAUAUCUUUGGAGGUGGGGACGCUAAUGAAGGCCUUGGUCUGGGCUCUUUGAGCCUUGAUUGGCAGUACAUUGGAAGUUUGUUCAUGUCACUUCCACUGCUUCAGCAAGCAAAUUCGUGGGUUGGUUAUGCAAUUUGUUACGUCGCCAUGGCAGGAAUCUAUUUCGGAAACGUGUGGAACGCAAGUCAUUUUCCAAUCUGUGCAAAGAACUACCCUAUGUUGUCAACCUCUAUUUUCAACCUUCAGGGGGACCGUUACAACCAAACUUUCGUUUUCGGAACGAAGUUUCAGCUUAACGAAACUGCACUGGCCAUCGAGGGAUUACCCCAGCUUACAGGCACAACCGUUUGGACAUAUAUGACUGCUUGUUGGUCUAUCGGGGGUCUGAUCGCGCAUUGUGUGCUUUUCUGGCGUGGAUACGUGUGGGACUCGUUUAAACUUGCCAAGACGGGCAAGCAGCCAGACAGGCACUGGAUCGCAAUGCAGAAGUACGAAGAAGUGGAGUGGUGGUGGUACAUUAUAUUGCUUGCACUCGCUUUCUUUGCCGGUCUUAUUGUGAUCAUCAAGGGGAAUACAACUCUCCCUUGGUAUGGCUACAUCGUUGCGCUCCUCCUCGGGUCAUUUGUUGCACCGUUCUCAAACUUGUUGUACGCUCGACUUGGGAACGGUAUCGCCACGAAUCAAUUGAUGAAAAUGGUUGCUGGUGCUUUGCAUCCUGGAAAACCCGUGUCCAACUUGUACUUCUCCAUGUGGAGCCACGACGUUGUUGGUGCUUCGAUCGGCCUUGCAGGCGAUUUGAAAAUGGGCCAGUACCUCAAGAUCCCUCCGCGCGCUCUUUUCAUGGCACAAAUCUGGGGUACCCUCCUAGGUGCAUUCAUCAAUUAUGCAGUCAUGACCUCUAUCAUCGUCUCUCAAAAAGACACACUUCUUGAUCCGAUUGGCACAAAUGUCUGGAGUGGGGCGACUGUCCAAAGUUUGAACUCAGCUGCCGUUACGUGGAGUUUGGCGGGAAAAAUCUACGGAGCUAGUGGUCCAUAUGUUUGGGUGCCUGUUGGUUUGCUGUUUGGAAUGAUUCCUACAGGAAUCCAAUACUUGAUCUUCAAGCGCUGGCCUGUGAUUCAAGGAAUUCAUGUGGAUCGCAUCAUCUUGCCUGUUAUAUAUAUGUUUGCAGGCUUCCUGAGUACAGGCGUCAACUCUAUUGUACUUAGCUCAGUGAUUACCGGGAUUGUCUCUCAAGUCUGGCUUCGUCGAUAUCACCCGGGCUGGUACCGAAAGUACAAUUACGUUCUCGGCGGUGCUCUCGAUGGUGGAGCUCAGACAGUCAUUUUUAUCCUGAGCUUCGCCGUUUACGGAGCAAGUAGAACACCCCAUCCAUUCCCAAACUGGUGGGGAAAUCCCCCAGGAAACGUUGAUCACUGCCUUGAACUUUGA